AUGUCCGCAGACGGAUCUAAUAAUAUAACUAUUCCAGUUGAACACGAGGUUGAGCCUCAAGAAGAAUUCAUAAAUAACGAUGAAGUAGCAGAAGUUGUCCCAACUAAUGAUGAUGAAGACCAACCGAUUGACGAGGAGGAAGAUGAAGAAGAAGCAAAUAUGGAUGUUGGCAAUGACGUUCCCAUGGAACAAGAAACUUUAGAAAUCGAUAUGUCCAACAAUUCGAUAACCUAUUUUGAUAAACAUACAGAUUCAGUAUUUACUUUAGCUCAUCAUCCAACUUUACCAUUAGUUGUAUCUGGUGGAGGUGACAAUGUGGCUCAUUUAUGGACUUCUCAUUCGCAACCACCAAAAUUUGCAGGAUCUGUUAAUGGACACACGGAAUCUGUUAUUGCUUGUUCAUUUACUGCUGAUGGCAAAUUUUUAGUGACCGCCGACAUGACAGGUAAAGUUAUAGUUGAAAUAGGUGUAAAGGGUGGUUCACAGUGGAAAAAGACAUCUGAAUUAAAUGAAGUAGAAGAAGUUGUCUGGUUAAAAUGUCAUCCAACUAUAAAUAACAUUUUCGCCUUCGGAGCUACUGAUGGGUCUGUCUGGUGCUAUCAAAUUAAUCCAGAUGGUACUUUGGAACAAUUAAUGAGUGGGUUUAUUCAUCAACAAGACUGUACUAAUGGUGAUUUCAUCAAUAUUGAUCAAGGUGAAAAUGCAUUGGAAUUAGUUACUUGUUCUGUUGAUGGUACUGUCAUUGGAUGGAACUGUUAUACUGCCCAACCAACUUUUAAGAUCACACAAGCCGAAAUUAAAGGAUUAUUAGCUCCAUGGGUUUCUAUUGCAGUGGCUCCAUCAACAUUAACCAAUGGUAAUGCUGGUAUCGUUGCCCUUGGGUCUAAUAAUGGUAUAGUAGCAAUCAUAAAUGCUAAUAAUAAUGGUGCUGUUUUACAUUUAGAGACUGUAGUACAAUUGAAGGAGGACCAAGAAGAAUUGGAUGCAUCCAUUGAAUCUAUUAGUUGGGCCCAUAACUUCCCACUUAUGGCCAUUGGUUUAGUCUGUGGUGAUAUUAUAUUAUAUGAAACUAAUACAUGGAGAGUUAGGCGUAAAUUCACUUUGGAAGAUUCUGUUACUAAAUUAGUAUUUAACGGUGAUGACAUUUUUGCAUCUUGUAUUAAUGGUAAAGUUUAUCAAUUCAAUUCAAAAACAGGUCAGGAGAAAUUUGUUUGUACCGGUCAUAAUAUGGGUGUGCUAGACUUUGUAAUAGUGAAUCCAAAAGACCAAACUCAAUUAAGGAAAGUUAUUACUGCUGGUGAUGAAGGUGUUUCGUUGAUAUUUGAAGUACCAAAUUAA